AGACAGCGAAUCACAUGAGCAGGGAUCUGUUUACAAACUGAGGGCUGUAGACGAGAAGUGGUGAAGGGAGAUGAGGAAGGAGAGAGGAGGAGAGUGAAUGUGAGAAGAAAAAGACUGAACAAGAGGGGAGAGCCUGGAUCUGAAUUAACCUCAGACACGUUGUCUUCCUGUGUUACAUACCUCCCUGUGGUCUUUGUUCAGAGCAGGAAGGCAGGGGAAGAGAUGAGACAUGAGACUGCUUUUCACAGAAACACUGAGGCUGCCUGCCUGCCUGCCUGCCUGUCUGACUGACUGACUGUGCUGCCGGGAAACCCAUCCAUGUCCUUCUCUUUGUCUCUCCAUAACUGGCCACAGCAGGUUUUCUCAGCCAGAGAGGAGGAGAACAACGUGGAGAUCUAAAAGGAGAGGGCAGAGGAGAGAGAAGAAAAUAAAAGAAAGAAGAAAAGAAAAGGAGGAAGGGAGGAAGACACUCGUGACAAUGUUUUGAAGGGGUGACAGAACAAAAAAACAGGGACUGUGCUCGGUCCGAGGUACACAUCCACAGUACUGGAUGGGAUUUGGAGUAUAUUUCUGUCAGUUACAUUGGUGUCUUUUUAUGCACAAGGCUCACAGGUUCAUCCCUUUGUCUGUGAGUGAAGAUAACAAAGGAAUACUUAGAUGUAAUACAUUGGCACUUGUUUGGGACUCUAAAUCUCAAUUAAGGUGGAUAUUUGUGUCACAUUACUGGGGUAAAUCAUUGCGACAGUAGUUUCAGUGUCAAAUGAGCCUUGUCUCUUCCUGAGAAACUCGGAAUCUCUACUCUGCUUUCCCCAGACCACAAGGAUUUUACUAUUACGAGUCUGAACUUCAAAAGUUGUGGACGCAGAGGCUGAAGCUUCUUCUUUGGUGGAAACAAGACUUUUCAGAGAAGUCACAAACCCAAAGAAUUUCUGGGUUUGCCAACCAAAAACAUCCAAACAUUUGAUGCAUCCUGUCAAGUGGUGUGACGGUGCACCAUCCAGGUACUCACAGGAAACUCCAUUUUCCCAUAGCUGACAGCAGCGUGGCCAAGAGUAUGAAAUAGCAAGUGGUGCCUGUGUGACGUCAAAACCCGCUGCAAGAUGACAUCUGAAGAGCUCUUCCAACUGCCACUCAACGUCUAUAUAAUCAUCCUGGGCAUCGGCCUCUUCAUCCUCACGCUCAGCCUUAUCUUCUGCUGCUACCUGUUCAGAUUCAGGCGACAAGGUGCACGAGAACAGUAUGGCUACAAUGAGGUUGUUUUGAAAGGAGCAGGGAAGAAGCUGAGCCUCCUCGGUCAAACAUGUGCAGUGUGUUUAGAAGAGUUUCGCAGCAGGGACGAGCUUGGAGUGUGCCCAUGUUCCCAUGCUUUUCACAAGAAGUGUCUGCUAAAAUGGCUAGAGAUCCGCAGCGUCUGCCCCAUGUGCAACAAGCCCAUUUGUCGCCUCCAACCUGACCCCCCGCAAGAACCUGAGCAGCCGAGUCUCCUGGCGAUCUGAGAGGGGAACAUAUGUCCAGCAGCACCUCUGCUGUCAACUGAAACCUGUCACUAUAUCAUCCUUCUUAUACUGUCCGACAGACUGUAGUUUCAGUGAUGCAAACAUUUUUUGAGGCAGAGCUACUUAUAUAAUUGUCUUAGGUAAACUGUAGGUCCAGAGCCAAAGAACCUACCCACACCCUCAUCUUAGGUGGUAUACCGUUCAUAUUUGCAGAUUAAGGCUAACUAUCAAGCCUAGAUCAUGCAAUUUUUAGUAUAUAGCCAGAUGCUUAAGAUAAUGCACAAGUGCCUUAAAGCUGCAGAUCCUCUAAAGAACUAGUGGCAAUCUUUAAGAUGGCUGUAUUAAGUGCAUAAAGGUGUAAUGUUUGACUGACUGGUAUUAUUAGUAUUAAAUAUGAACAAAACAAAAGGACAUGUACAGGAAAUUAACUGAAAACGUGUAAAAUGAGUACCCUAAACAGUGCAUUGCCCUCAGCUGUUCUCAAAAGGGAAUGAAACACGUCUAAAUCAUGUACAGUACUUUUCAUAAACAUACCACAAUGCAAUGCUUCACCUUUGCUAAGACUGCACCUGUCAGUGAUGGCACACAGUGAUGAUGAUUCAUGAGUGUUUGCUCCACAUUAUAGAUAAAUUAUGUCGGACACAAUGAAUGAGUGAACACUUGUGGACACAGUCCUCACUGUCUGGCUCCAUUUAACUGCCAAGCUGACAGCAAGUCAUUAAUGUGGAAACUACAGUCCCAUCGUAUGGACGACAUCACAAACGCUAAUUCCACAUUUUUGGUAGAGAGAAUGCUACUGCUACUCAGCCUAUGGGAAAACAGUGGUUAGCUUUACCCACUGAAGUUUAAUUCGAUUGAAUGAUUUGACGAUCUGGUGUGGGGAAACUUUGUAGGAGAUUGUGACAUCAAGACAACAGCAUCAUUAUUUCUGCCUCCAGAGCAGCUCUGCCUCUCAGAAAUGUUUGUAUGACAAACUCCAGUCUGCUCAUUUCCUAAAACUGACGCGUAUCGCCACAUAAAUAUGAUGUGUCUUUCGCCACAAAUUGAGAGCCUGGAGCUUGGCAAGAAGAAGAUUAAACCACCAGGCACCAGCUCUGAAGAUAUCAGGCUCUUCGCUGGCUUGUUGUUGUACCCAAAUUUGAAGGCAAAUGCAGAGACUGCACUUGUGAAAAAGAGGACUGGAAUAUCAUGGGUGUGUGUAUUUUGGCUGUAAAUUUCGAUUGUCUCCAGUCAGUCAUCUCCACCCUACAAUGUGUUGCCAAGCUGAGUGAAGGUAAUGAAUCCCUAAAUGACAAGAAAGUUGAGUCAUGGGAUCUGAUAGAAAAGACAGCUACAACCACUAAAAUCACACACGCAUAUAUAGAUGUUUUUUUUAAGUUAUUCAUAGAAAAGUGUUUUGUAUCAUAAAUGGCUUUCAGUAAAGGUAUUGUGUUUCAGUGAUGCUAAAACACUUUGACUGUUAUUUGUCAAACAGUGUGUCAUUGUUGCCAGUGGGACAGAUUGAACCAAACAUUCUUCAAUGAAAUCUUAGCUCCCAGUGUCGAAGAAACGUUCUGUACUGUAGUGAUAUAAAUAGACACCCUGCACUGAUACGAGGAGCCUGUUUGAGCUGGUUUCUUGUCUAAGUGAGUUGUACCGUAAACAUCAUUCUCUGUAUGUACAUGUAAUAUACCACAAGUACUGUGUAAAUUGUAAAUGCUUUAAAAUUUUCUGACUCAAGAAAAAAAAUAUAUAUAACCAGUGUUUUGAUAUGGUCAACUGGAUCCAAGUCUUUUUCUGUAGCUUUGCUGCAGGUUGGUGCUCAAAACAGUUUAUUUAUCAUUUAAAUAUAGGCUGAAAAAAGUCAUAAAUACUCUAGGGUGUUGUUCAGCUUCUACUGAAAUUCCAGCAGGCUGUUUGCUGUGAGGCGGAAUGCUGCCCUCUACCGUCAAUUAGGCACGUUUAUAACUACAGGAUGAAUUGCCGGUGGCACGAUAGUGCAGUGGUUAGCACUGUCUGACUGUUAGCAUGUUCUCCCCACAACUCUGGGUACUCCCACAGUCCAAACAUAUGCAGGUUAAUCAGUGACACUGAAUUGUCCCUAGGUGUGAAUAUGAGUGUGAAUGGUUGUUUGUUUUGUGCCCUGAUGAACUAAUGACUUUUCCAGGGUUGUACCCUGCCUCUCGCCCAAUGGAAACCACAGGUAUCUUUGUCCAAUUUAAAGUCACCGAUUAACAUACAUGUCUUUGGACUGUGGGAGGAAGCCAGAGUACCUGGAGAGAACCAAUGCAGACAUGAGGAGAGCAUGUAAAGUCCACACAGAAAGGCUCUAGCUGAGGUUCAAACCUGGAACCUUCUUGCUGUGAGGUGACAGUGCUAACCAACCAAACAUGCCGUGCCACCCACUGCUAAACUAAGAUAAUAAACAUAAACAUAAAGAUUAUAACUGCUACACAAUUUAGCAUGAA